UUAAGUCAUUCAGGAGAAGUUUAGAAUGAAGUUUUUUCUAUUGAUACUGGUCCUGCAGGCCAUUGCUGCUCCUGGAGCUAUUUCUUUGAUGAGCUCUGAAGAACACAAUGAGAAAUUUGCUAAUGAUUACUUGACACGGUUUUACAGCUUCAGGCCGGAGAUAAUUCCAAUAACAAAAAUGAAAGUCAAUACAAACUCCAUGGAGAAAAAAAUUCAGGAAAUGCAGCAGUUCCUGGGGUUAAAUGUGACUGGGCAACUGGACAAACCGACUCUGGACAUGAUGCACAGACCUCGAUGUGGAAUACCUGACGUUCAUCACUUCAGCACAAUGCCAGGGAGGCCAGUAUGGAAGAAACAUUUUAUCACUUACAGGAUCAAUAAUUACACUCCUGACAUGAAGCGUGAGGAUGUUGACUAUACCAUCCAGAAAGCUUUUCAAGUAUGGAGUAAUGUGACCCCCCUGAAAUUCAGAAGGGUUAACACAGGCGAGGCUGACAUUAUGAUACAUUUUGUAUUUGGAGCUCAUGGAGACUCCAAUCCUUUUGAUGGCAGAGGUGGAGUUGCAGCUCAUGCUUAUGGACCCGGACCUGGUAUUGGAGGAGAUGUACAUUUUGAUGAGGCUGAAUUCUGGACUAAAAGCUACAGAGAGACUAAUUUAUUCCUCAUUGCUGCUCAUGAACUUGGCCAUCCCCUGCCUCUCCAUUACUCUGCCAACACUGAAGCUUUGAGGUACCCAAUCUACAACAAAUUCACAGACCUGGCCAGGUUCCACCUUUCUCAAGAUGAUGUGAAUGGCACUCAGUCCCUGUAUGGACCUCCCCCUGCUUCCCCUGAUGAGCCUGUGGUGCCCACAGAGUCCGUUCCUCCUGAAACUCCAGCCAUGUGUGAUCCCACUUUGUCCUUCGACGCAGCCAGCACUCGGAGGGGAGAAUUCCUGUUCUUUAAAGACAGAUAUUUAGGGUGCAAAUCCCUCUGGAAGCUUGCUGAAUUUCAUUUGAUUUCUGCGCUUUGGUCCUCUCUUCCUUCAGGCUUGGAUGCUGCGUGUGAUGUCCCUAGCAAGGCUACUAUUUCCUUUUUAAAGGCAUCAGAUGAACACUGGGCUUCAGAAAUUGUGAAGGUUCCCCAGCAGAAACUUGUUCACCCUACUGUGAACUACCUUGACACAUCAGCCUACAGUCCCUACCCGACUCAGGCUGCCACCAAAGCAGGCCUGCUUGCAUUGUCCAAGUGCCAGCCAAAGCAUAGUCAAGGAUUUCAAGAGCACCCCAGCCGGGUUGGGCCUGAGGCCAUCGUGAAACUGGCAGUGGCACCUCUGCUGCUGCAGGACUUAGCACUUGAGCCUACCCUCAGCCCCAAGUUCUGGCUACCAGCAGGCCCUGUAGCAUGCACAGACCCUGGCCCAUCCCCAUCCCCAAAUGCUGUAGCACCCUCAGGGUAUCUCCCCACCCCAGGCACUGUUCCACCCUCAGAGCCUCCAGGAGCCUCAGGGCUUGGGCCACCCUCAGCCUAUGGCCCAAACCCUGGGCUUGGUCCACCUUCUAGGUCUGUCUCACCAAGGUCUCCAUCACUACCCCCCCAAAUUCCUUGUUGCAUGGAGGCUGGAAGAUGCCAGACUCAGAUGCCCCCAAAUGUGACUGUCUCUACCUCAACUACCCCCUUUCAAUGGUGGACCCUGCAGUACAGCCAGUCCCUGGACUUGAGCAGCAUUGUGCACCAGAUCAACCAGUCUUUGCCAGAUGAGGUCAGAUUUCAGCACGACCUCACCGUGUAA